AUGUCAUUAUUCAAAUUAUUAAGCUGCCUCUCAGUUACCAUACUGGUGGCUCACUUGUACAUCAAGAGAGGAAGAGCUGCGACUCCAAAGGGGUACAGGACUAUUCCAGGACCAAAGGGAUGGCCUCUUGUAGGUAACGCGCUCCAGCUCGGAUCAGCACCACAUCGACAACUUCAGCGAUGGGCGCAAGAUUAUGGCGAGAUUGUCAAAGUUCGCCUUGGCUGGGAGAACUGGGUUUUCGUCAACACCCCAGACGCGGUACGCGAGAUAUUUGACAAACAAUCGGCAAAGACUUCUGGAAGAUCGCCAAUGCCGGUGCUAUCUGACCUUCUCUCCGGAGGCAACAGACUCCUGCUUUUGACUUAUGGGAGCAAAUGGCGGCAAUUGCGGACAAUUGUGCACAAGCUGCUCACACCAAAAGCUUCCGACACGUACAAACCAUCUCAAGAGUUUGAGGCCAAGCAACUUAUCUACGACAUCGCGACCGAUAAUGCAGAUCAAGAAAGUUUCUAUAUGCAUGUGCGGAGGUACACCACAUCAGUUGUGCUUACUAGUACAUAUGGACGCCGUGUUCCUACCUGGGAUUGCGACGAUGUGCGCCAGAUUUACCAGCUGUUGAAAGACUUUACCGAAGUUGCACAACCUGGCGCAUACAUCGCUGACAUGUUUCCUCCGCUCGCCAAUCUUCCAUGGUUUUUCCAGUGGUGGCGGCCUGCUGCUAUUCGUGCCUACGAAAGGCAGAGGAAUAUCUGGAUGCUCUACUGGAAUGACUUGAAGACUUCAGUGGCUGAGAAGAAAGCCCCCGAGUGCUUCGUGAAACAGUUUAUGGAGUCGGAUUUUGAGAAACUUGGUGUCACUGAUGUUCAAGCCGGUUUUGUUGCAGGCUCAAUGAUUGAGGCCGGCUCUGAGACAACCUCGUCGGCGUUGAACAGCUGCAUUCUAUAUCUAUCUGCGAACCCCAGCGUCCAGGAUACUGCAAACGAGGAAUUAUCGCGCGUCAUUGGCGAUGAUAGAUCACCAACAUUUUCAGACGAACCGAGUCUACCGUAUAUCAGAGCGAUUGUCAAGGAGAUCCUCCGCAUCCGGCCGGUCACUACAAUUGGAAGCCCUCAUUACACCACGUCGGACGUAUUCUACAAGGACUAUUACAUCCCCAAGAAUACUGUCGUCGCCAUCCCGCAAUACGUGUUGCACUUCAGCCCUGAAAAAUGGACCGAUCCCGAGGAAUUCAACCCAUCACGCUACCUGGCUUAUCCUGAGAAGGCGGGCUUCUAUGCCGCUCAGGGUGACGCCCAAGCUCGUGACCAUUUCGAUUUUGGCGGAGGGAGGCGCAUCUGUCCUGGCAUGCACCUAGCUGAAAAUAGCCUGUUCAUCACAUUGGCUAAAAUUCUGUGGGCUUUCAACAUCGAGCCGGCGUUGGAUCCGAAUGGCAAAGAACUGCCGAUAGAUCUAUCCGAUGAAGCUUAUGAACCGGGUAUCAAUACCCUUCCCAAACCCUUCAAAACCCGGUUCACUCCACGUAAUGGCAGACGUGCUGAAGUGCUCACAGCUGAGUGGGCCCAAGCAGAGAAGGUUGGGUUUUACUUGGGGAGCGUCAAGGUUGACACCAAGGGCAUGGUGGUAGCAUAG